AAUGUUGCACACCACCAAUGGUUAUGGUUUUGUUAAAUUUUUGUGGCUUUUAACCUACUUAAAGAAACUUUGGAAUUGCUGACCAGCUAAAAUUGGGGUGGUCUUCAAGCAGUUCUGUCAGCCAAAGCUUUAUACAAAAGUGUAUAUCAGCAAUAACAAUCAUGAAAAUUGCUUUAAUAAUUAUACGCAAUAUUGAUGCCAAUAUAGUUAUAGAUUUAUUUGUACAUAUUAAUUAUUGGCCAUGUUAUCAAUCUUUGGGAGUACUUUAACGUCAUUGUAUAGUAGAUGGUCGACAAUGCCUCCAAAAUCAGAAUCUCCCAUAUAUGGGAUAUUUUUUGAAUGAGUGCUGCCAGACAAUUUAUUUCUAACAAUUUCUAUGAACAUUGAAUUAUUGCUUAUGAAAACAAGUUUAUAUUACUCAUUUUUGUGAUAUGAAUAUAAAACGGUUGUGAACGCAUAUUUAAAAAAUGUUCAAAUACUGGGGAAUGGAUUAACUAACUUGGUCGCAAAUCUAUAUGACUAAAACGAAUUAAUUUGCCAUAACGCAUAUUCGUCCUUAGAAGUGAAGAAGUGAACAUGAUUGAUGCAUAUUAUCGGAAACUUACAAAAAUAACAAAUUUUUGUAAUAGAUAGUUUUAAAAAAGUCGUGAGUGUAAAAGGUCUUUACGGCAAGAAAAUUUAAUAAAUACACCAGUGUUUGAUAUAACAGACAGUACUAUGUUCUCUUAAACUUGUGGUUUUACAACUAAUGAUGUUUUGAUCAAUGCCCUUAAAAUAAAGUACAACCAGAGAAUGUUAAUGAAUAGAGAAGGAGCAAAUGUUAAAUGAAUAGAGAAGGAGCAAAUGUUAAAUGAAAUCUUUUUGUGUACUAAUUUGUAAUUCCAGAUGAGGGAACAUCGAAAAAUAAAACUUCGAAAAAGAAAAUACACCACACAAUGAGCGAAUUGCUAUAAAUAGACACAACGAAUAUUCCUAAAGGAAAAAUAUUCAUGAAUAUUCAUUAACAUUCUCUGCAAUUACAUUCGGGCGUUUAUUCUUAUUGGGUUAGACGUUAUUUUUCAAUACUGUCGUUCAGAUGGCGCUGGAAAAAUUUUUUAUUUGACAUUUGCUUCUGGUCGGCCCUUUUGGGGUUAGUUUUACGCAAUUGACUUUUACACGGGUUAUUAAGCGGCGUGAAAUAAUUUUCCUAUAUUCUUACAAUAUCAAAGAAAAGAUUGUUUAGCACUUUGAAGUAUAAUCAGCUAAGCAAUGUCUGCUUUUGUUGCCGUACGUCAAUCCACUGCCUUGAGUUUUGCGCUCGCUACUGUGGGUCGUUCUAAUGCCACCCGUCGAGCUUUGAGCACUGGGCGUUUCAUACGUUGCACAAGAGGAUCAGCAGCAGCGCUUUUGCAUUGCCCACAACGUUUACCCUCACUUGCUGCUGCCACUUCAACUUUCCAACAUUAUGUACGUACUUAUGCCAAUGAGAAAAGAGUAUUCGAACGUACCAAACCACAUUGUAAUGUCGGUACAAUUGGUCAUGUGGAUCACGGAAAAACAACCUUGACCGCUGCAAUCACCACUGUAUUGGCCGACAAAGAAUUGGCUGAAAGCAAAAAAUAUAACGAAAUUGAUAAUGCACCAGAGGAAAAAGCACGCGGCAUUACUAUUAAUGUAGCGCAUGUUGAAUAUCAGACGGAGUCACGGCAUUAUGGUCACACAGAUUGUCCCGGACAUGCUGAUUAUAUCAAAAACAUGAUUACUGGAACAGCACAGAUGGAUGGUGCUAUACUUGUAGUUGCUGCUACUGAUGGUGCUAUGCCACAGACCCGUGAGCAUUUAUUAUUGGCUAAGCAAAUUGGCAUCAACCAUAUAGUAGUGUUUAUCAAUAAAGUUGAUGCUGCCGAUCAGGAAAUGGUAGAUCUAGUCGAAAUGGAAAUUCGUGAACUAAUGACUGAGAUGGGUUAUGAUGGUGAUAAUGUGCCAGUUGUAAAAGGUUCAGCAUUGUGCGCUUUAGAAGGACGUAAUCCGGAAAUCGGCUCUGAAGCUAUUAUGCAGUUGUUAAAAGAAGUUGACAACUUUAUUCCGACGCCAGUUCGUGAAUUGGAUAAACCCUUCUUGCUGCCAGUUGAAAACGUUUAUUCAAUACCCGGUCGUGGUACAGUCGUAACCGGACGUCUGGAACGUGGUGUAGUCAAAAAAGGCAAUGACUGUGAAUUUGUUGGUUACAAUAAAGUUAUUAAAUCGACAGUAACUGGCGUAGAGAUGUUCCAUCAAAUUCUUGAUGAAGCACAGGCCGGUGAUCAAUUGGGCGCGCUAGUACGUGGUGUAAAACGUGACGAUAUCAAACGUGGUAUGGUUAUGUGCAAGCCUGGUUCAGUUAAAGCGCUAGAUCAACUAGAAGCUCAAGUGUAUAUUUUAGCAAAAGAAGAAGGUGGCCGUCACAAACCAUUCAUGUCUUUCAUUCAAUUACAAAUGUUUUCGCGUACAUGGGAUUGUGCCGUGCAAGUGCAGAUACCCGAUAAGGAGAUGGUGAUGCCUGGUGAGGACACUAAACUGAUUUUACGUCUCAUUCGUCCCAUGGUUUUGGAACAAGGACAGCGAUUCACCCUGCGUGAUGGUAACUUAACACUGGGCACUGGUGUCGUAACAAAAGUAUUGCCGCCACUUAGCGAGAACGAGCGUUUGUCAUUGACGGAGGGUAAGAAGGCGCGCGAGAAGAAGGAGGCUGGAAAGAAAUAAACUUUUUAAAAUAAAAAUGUUUUCUAAUUAUAUUUAGUUUUAUAUAUGAUUACUAUAACUGAAGCAGAAACGAAAUGAUGUAAAGAAAAUUGUGACUUUUAAUCUUUAAAUAGAAUAUAAAAGUAUAAGCAUUAUAAUUCCAUGCAUUCAGUUGAUUGUUGAAUAAAAGUCGGAAUAAAUUCAAAA